CCCAUUCCCAUAUGCAUCCCCUACAUCUAAGGGUUAGCCUGGAUUAGCCUGGGUUAGCCCAAAUAAGUGACUACCUACGUAGAGCCCUCUCCAGUCCCAAAUCCUACACGUCCAUGUUUUGCUCUCCGGUGGUCCAGAAUGGAGGCUCAGAGCCUGUCGACCUGCAAUAUCUGCAGCAAGAAAUUCCAGCGCAAAGCCCAUCUGCUGCGCCAUCAACAGCAGCGUUAGUAGACCAUCCAAAUCCCUUGAACGUCCACUUUGUUUGUGCUGCCAUCUGACCUCUUGGCGUAUGGUAGAUUCUGGCAACCGGCCCUACAGCUGUAAGUUCUGCUCCAAAACUUUCAAGCGCAGGUAUGUACCAAGCACCCUCAUCCUCACCUUCGCCCUCACUCUCCCACCCAUUUCGGAAUCUCUGAAUACCCUCACUCUCCAAAGUUCCAUGUCCGUGUGUUGAUCUUGGGCGCGCGCAGUGAUGUGCUCCGGGACCACUUCAGUCGCUGCGAGCGUCGCGGCGGGGCUGCCAUCCCCAAUUCCCUCGAGAGGGGUCGAAAGCGACACGCCUGCGAUGAGUGUUCGCGGUUGAAAGUCAAAUGCGACAACAAUGUGCCGUGUAGGAAGUGCCGAGAAUUUGGGAGGAUGUGUGUCAAAAGUCGACCGGCCGCAGGUGAGUGAAUGGGAACUAUGGAAGCGAGCGGGCAUGUCGUUGGCCAAGUGCUGAUGGAGGAUGAAAAUAGCCUCGAGUCCAGACGAUACGCCAGCAACCUCGGUCUCGCGCUCCACGCCGGACCUGGUGACCUCGGAUCGCAACUCGAUUGGAUUUUUGCUGAAUGGUGAGGGCGAGGCCGAUUUUCUCCAAGAGUUUCCGAAAUCUACGACCCUCAGUCCAAACAGCCACACGGCCGAGUACAGGAAUUUAACGGCGACUCGCGCCGUCUAUGAACCCCCUCCUGCGGGCAUCGACGCCCAUCAAGUUGUUCCAGGGUACCAAGAAUAUCUGCAGGGGCCAAUAGAGCCGCUUUUGCAAGACAAUGGCUUGGAGGCCUUGUUGAAGAAUCUGGAAUUUACCACAUUUGAGAGAGCAACCCAGAAUUGGCAGAUGCCGGGUGAGAAUCUGAUACCAUGGUCGGGCGUGGGAGCUGAUAGCUUAUAUCUGAAUCGGAAUGCCCUGGAAGAAAGGACCUUUGACAUCAAGAACAAGUUGAGGUAUACUGCCAAUACUAUGAAUGUUCCGCACCAGCCCUCGAAAGAGGUGCUCGAUGCCAUUGAUCACAUCACUGCCGAUAGUCUUGUUCUAAACAUUAAAUUGUACUUUCGUCAUUGGCACAAACAUGGUCCCAUGGUUCAUGAACCUACUUUCAACCCUUGUACUGCAGCAUUACCUUUGGUUCUGGCCAUGAUGGGUCUCGGUGGAAUGGUUGGUUUAUCGUAUCACCACCUCAAAAUAAUUGCUGAUUCUUCGUGGUAGUAUGCAAAGGAGCCUAGAGACGUGGAGCAGACCAGAUCUCUGUUUGACGUAACAGAGUCUUACAUAUACUCCGUGCCGGGCCUGAGUGAUGAGUUUGACCUUCCAGAUCGAUCUUAUAUUGUGCGGGGUGAAGACUCGUCUCUCGAGUGGCAGCGAUACCAACUUGAAGAGAUACAGGGGGCCUAUCUCAUGAUAGUACUGCAAUUCUGGACAGGAAAUCCACUUGCUAGGAUAAGAGUUCGCCAACAAAGGUUUCAGCGAAUUGUCUCGGUAGGUUGGCAGUGAGCUGGUGGAUUCCAAUUUUACUAACGUAUCAAUAGAUCUUCCACCACCAUGACAUGCUUACAGUGCAACAUCCCCCAAUUUGCCAUGUUAAUGAUCAGUCGACCUUUAGUGCGUGGAUUCAGAGAGAGUCUAUGAUCCGGUGAGUUCCUGUAUCUGUUGUGCUUCGAAAAUGGAAUUCUGACUCAAGCUAGCACUGCCACUAUUGCUGUGAUGUUAGAUCACGCAUUUGGCAUUUUCAACAAUGUGUCCCCUCGAUUCCAAUGGGCAGAAUUAGAUACACAAUUUCCUAGUGAUGAUAGGUUUUUCGCUUGUGUCAACUAUGCUGAGCUUCGAAGCAAAUCAUUAUAUCCGGUUGGCAAAAUGAAGAUCAAGGACGCAUACCUUGUCCUCUUCACGCCAUCAGAAUCUGUCGAACGAGAACUGAACAUCCUUAGAACGGGCAAUUUAACUCCUUAUGACAUGCAGAUGCUCAUUCAUUGUAAGUCAAGACCGAGUCCUUACCCACAAACAUUCUCUAACACUUCCAAGAUUUAUAUACCCACGUGUGGAAGAGCACAUUUUCCAACCCCAUGUGCACCAUCCCAGGGGCCAAUAUUCACGAAAUCACACGACCGUUUAAAAUUGCGAUGCGGAACUGGCGUAUUGUCUGGGACGACAUCCGCGAUUCGGUGCCCGAGGAUGAAUGGAGCAAACUUGGCUUUCAGCGUACAGGCGAGUCGUAUUUCGAAGCGGUCAACUCGAUCAUGGAAGUUUUUGAGAGGAAGGGAGGCAUUUUUCCACCGAUACCCAGUGAUUGUGAGAAGGGGAGUCAUCUUAAAAGACUUUUAUCAUUCUAAAAUUAUGAACAAAAUAUUCAUUUAUAUUUCUUGGUUUGAAACGAAUGGAAAGAAAGGAAACAGCAUUUCCCUAAAAGGACGGUGGGGGUCAUUUUUAUCAUGAGGGUUGGGUUUGGGUGGUAAAUAAAGCAUAUGCAUGGGCGUACAUAUUUUUGAUCUUCUCUUUCUUGGGCCAAGAAGCAAAAGAUAGCGGGGAUCUCGCGCUUUUGUAGAUCCAUCGGAUUGAUAUUUGCAUGGGGAAUAUGCGCUGAAUGAAUGAAUGGGAUAGAUGUGAUGAUUAUCUUGUUUGUGUGUAGUUAUGA